AUGAGCGCAAACGAAAUUCCCCAGGGUGACGCUGUCGACAACGAUUAUCAGAGCCGUAGUGGUCAGCAGCAAUACGGUAUUCCCGUCCAGAAGGACGAAGCACCAAUUGAGGACACUGAGUAUGAUAAUGGGGGUGACUCUGAUGAGCAGCUCGCACGCGACGAGAAAGACGCCAUUGAUGAGACCAACAUUCUCAACGAGCGUACCCGUGGCGCUACCAAAGAAAAGGGAACCUACACCGAGCCUGGUGAUGAAGAAGGUCUUGGUGGUAACGAUGGCACUUCCUCUGGACGCCAGUAG